CAGAAGUAACCGCGGAAUUGAACUACGCUGUGCAUUUGUCAACCAACUUUGAUCCUCCAGACAUAAUUUCCCUUCCAUAAUCUUAGCAUGGUGUUCUUGUCAGUAUUGUAGAAUAAUUUUAGACAAUCACUAUGAACCUUGACAGACUGCGAAAGCGUGUCCGACACUACAUAGAUCAGCAACAGUAUCAAAGUGCUCUCUUUUGGGCAGACAAAAUAGCAUCCCUUUCACAUGAGGACCCUCAAGACAUUUACUGGUUAGCACAGUGCCUUUACCUAACGAAUCAAUAUCAUCGCGCCUCUCAUGCUCUCCGAUCACGGAAACUUGACAAGUUGUAUGGAGCCUGUCAAUACCUCGCUGCUAGAUGCCAUUAUGCUGCCAAAGAGUACCAGCAGGCUCUGGACAUUCUGGACAUGGAGGAGUCUGCCAGCAAGAAAUUACUGGACAAACCCAUCAAGGAGGACAAUGGGAUAAAGGAGAGCGCCAGGGAAUGGGAGAUGUCCCCAGCUUCAAUCAGCAGCUCCAUUUGCCUCCUGCGGGGGAAGAUCUAUGAUGCCAUGGACAACCGCCCCCUGGCCACGUCCAGCUACAAAGAGGCCUUGAAACUCGACGUCUACUGCUUUGAAGCCUUUGACCUUCUAACGUCCCACCACAUGUUGACCGCCCAGGAAGAGAAUGAGUUUUUGGACUCCCUCCCCCUGAGUCAACAGUGCACGGACGAGGAAGAGGAACUACUUCGGUUUUUGUUUGAAAAUAAGUUGAAAAAGUACAACAAACCCAGUGAAAUGGUUAUACCUGAUUUAGCCAACGGACUGGAGGACAAUUUGGAUGUAGUCGUCUCUCUGGCAGAGCGACAUUACUACAACUGUGACUUCAAAAUGUGCUACAAACUCACUUCCAUGGUAAUGGUGAAGGACCCAUUUCAUGCCAACUGUUUACCUGUGCACAUAGGAACUUUAGUAGAACUCGGCAAAGCAAAUGAACUGUUUUAUCUCUCUCAUAAGUUAGUGGAUUUGUAUCCUAAUAAUCCGGUGUCAUGGUUUGCUGUCGGUUGUUACUAUCUAAUGGUAGGCCAUAAAAAUGAGCAUGCUCGCCGAUAUCUAAGUAAAGCCACGACUCUGGAGAGGACGUAUGGGCCAGCAUGGAUCGCGUAUGGACACUCCUUUGCCGUGGAGAGUGAGCACGACCAGGCCAUGGCUGCUUACUUCACUGCUGCUCAGCUGAUGAAGGGGUGCCACCUGCCUAUGCUGUACAUCGGCCUGGAGUACGGCCUGACCAACAACUCCAAGCUGGCCGAGCGCUUCUUCAGCCAGGCCCUCAGCAUCGCCCCUGAGGACCCCUUUGUCAUCCAUGAGGUGGCCGUGGUCGCUUUCCAGAAUGGAGAUUUUAAGACGGCGGAGAAGCUGUUUCUGGAUGCUAUGGAUAAAAUCAAAGCAAUUGGGAAUGAGGUCACGGUGGAUAAGUGGGAACCAUUACUGAACAACUUGGGACAUGUCUGCCGAAAACUUAAGAAGUAUGACCAGGCGUUGGAGUACCACCGUCAGGCUCUGGUGCUCAUCCCCCAGAACGCCUCUACCUACUCGGCCAUCGGCUACGUACACAGCCUCAAGGGAGACUUUGAAAGUGCCAUUGACUAUUUUCACACAGCACUUGGUCUGAAAAGAGAUGACACAUUUUCAGUCACCAUGCUGGGACACUGCAUAGAGAUGUAUAUUGGUGAUACAGAAGCAUAUAUAGGGACGGACAUUAAGGACAAGGUGCGCACCACGCUGAGCACGCCGGCACUGAUGAAGAUGCUCAACACGUCGGCGGACGCCACCGGGGGGGACAGCAGAGUGCAGCCCCUGGAGGAGAGCGGCAUCAUGGCCCUGGAGACGCCCCCUCCACCACCUCCACCACAGCCCCCGCAGCCCCAGCCCUCGUCCAACCCCGCCGACAAGCAGCCCUCCGACCCAGGCUUCCUGCACUCGCUGCCCCUGGAGUGUGACCUGUACGAGAGCGACAUGAUGCUAGAGACCUCCAUGUCCGACACCAGCACGUGA